AUGGCGGCGCACUUGUCAUCGUUGCUGUCUGUCUGGUUGGAGUCGGAGGUUGUCGACGGUGGCCAUCUUGGCAGCAUGGAGGCGUGUCAACGUGGCAGUUGGAGACAGAGGUUCUGGGCUGUGGCCAACUUGAGGUUCUGGGUUGUGGACAACUUGGUAACGUGGCGGUGGUCAGCAUGGGCGAUCAGCGUGGCCGAGUCAGGUCUCUCUAGUUGGAGACAGAGGUUCAUGGCUGUGGACACCUUGGCAGCAUGGCGGUGA